AUGUCACAGGAAUCCUCCUACAACACCCGCCGCGCACACAUUGAAGCACACUACCUCCUGCCCUAUCUCCGCCCCAACCAUGUAGUCCUCGACGUCGGGUCUGGUUCCGGCAGCAUAACCCGCGACCUGGCCAUCAUCUGCAAGGAGGGCCACGUAACCGGGAUCGACAUCUCCCCAGCGAUGGUGUCUUUUGCGCAGGAAGAGCAGCAGCGGGCCCCCGACAGCCCGCCAAACCUCUCUUUCCAGGUCGGCGACGCUCAGGACCUGUCCGUGUUCCCGGACGCCAGCUUCGACGUCGUCCAUGCGCACACGUGCUGCACUCACAUCCCGGACCCGGUGCAGGCUCUGCGCGAGUUCCGCAGGGUGGUCAAGCCGGGCGGGGUGGUGGCCCUCCGCGACCCGCUGGACAUUGUGCACGAGAUCAAGUGGACGCCCGAGGUCCCCGGCCUCGAGCUGCACGCCGUCUAUGCUGCCGCCCUGCUGACCGCCCGCGGCGGCCACCCAAGGACGGGCGCGAUGCUGGAGGGAUGGGCGCGCGAGGCGGGCUUCACGCGGAUGGUCUGCGGGGUCGGCGAGGCGCGGUCCGCCGAGGCGCUGCAGGUGGUUGGUCGAGGCAUCGGGGUUGAAGAUGCGCUUGACAAGGGGAUUUUGAGCGAAGAGGAGUUGGUGAAAUUGAGGACUGCGUAUGAGGUAUGGGCUGGGACUGAAGGUAGGGAAAAGAUUGCACGGUGUGCAGAGAUGCUUUGCUUCAAGGAUUGA